CAGGUUAUUUCGGAAAAUACCUGAACAAGUACAACGGUUCCUACAUCCCUCCAGGUUGGCGGGAAUGGGGCGGUCUCAUAAUGAACUCCAAGUACUACAACUAUUCCAUAAAUAUGAAUGGAAAGAAGAUAAAACAUGGUUUCGACUAUCACAAGGAUUACUACCCAGAUUUGAUAGCCAACGACUCUAUAGCCUUCCUGCGGCACUCUAAAAAGCAGUACCAACACAAGCCGGUUAUGCUGACCAUGUCAUUCCCAGCACCUCAUGGUCCUGAAGAUUCAGCACCGCAGUACUCGCAUUUAUUCUUCAACGUCACUACUCAUCAUACCCCGUCAUAUGACCACGCGCCGAACCCAGACAAGCAAUGGAUCCUCCAAGUUACGAGAAACAUGGAACCCAUACAUCGACAAUUCACCAACCUACUGAUGACCAAGAGAUUGCAGACGCUCCAAUCUGUAGAUGCUGCCGUGGAAAGGGUCGUAAACGAGCUGAGGGACCUGGGGGAACUUGAAAACACCUACAUCGUGUACACUAGUGACCACGGUUACCAUCUUGGACAGUUUGGACUUAUCAAGGGCAAAAGCUUUCCCUUCGAGUUCGACGUCCGAGUCCCGUUCCUAGUGCGAGGUCCAGGUAUAACUCCUGGUGCAGUAGUUGACGACAUCGUCCUCAACAUCGACUUGGCACCCACGUUUUUGCACAUGGCGGGCGUAGAACCUCCUCCGCAUAUGGACGGGAGAUCGGCACUACCCCUUCUAUUAGUACCGGAUGCCGUCAAAAGGAAGAGGGUCAGAUGGCCGGACACGUUUUUGAUUGAAAGUUCUGGACGUCGUGAAACCCCCUAUUUGGACCAAAAGCUCGAGCGUCUCCACAAGUACUCGCAAGCGGCAAACUUCAGAAACGUCACUGAAACUCCUUCUACCAGCACUGAAGCUCACGUAUCUCAACCAACAUAUACUCCAUCAACGGUAUCCAGUUUAAUACAGUCUCAUAUAACUAGCGGUCCUAGGGUUUACGAUUCUGGAGAAGAUCCGGCUUCUUUGGAUACUUCCACCGAUGGUGAUGACACCGACGAUGAAGCUGAUGACGAUGAAGACGAUGAAGAGGAUGACGAUAUCGACAUCGAAGAAAAGACCAACGUGGACACGAUCCACCUGCCCCCGAUCAACCCGUUGGACGAAAGUACCAUGCAACUGGACAACAGACUCCUCCCGGUACCACCUUACUCGGCCAAAUUGGAACGGCUCGCUGUUGAGUGCAUGAGGGACGAUACGAAGUUGCCUUGCAAGAGGGGACAGAAGUGGUUCUGCGAGAACGAUAACGGAAGAUGGAGGAGGCAUAAAUGCAAGAGUGUGGCGCCAACGAACGUGGUUGGACUGGAGGAGAGGGGGUACAGGAAAUGUGCUUGCUUCACCCCCGAUGGGCUGGUUUACAAGAAGUUACCUUUGAAUAACAUGACGAGAAGAGAUCUAAGAAUGGGCAGAAUCAAGAGAGAUGUUGAUUUGGACAACAUUUUAUUUGAACAGUUGGGUGAAGAAAAGAUCCAUAAAAUGGCAAAAAGGGACAUCGAAGAUACACUCAGCAGCCUUGAAGAUACGAUGGGUGAUGUCGAGGAUCAAAUUUACGGGCUGAGGGUCAGUACGAAUACUUCCAACGAACCAACUUGGGACUCAAACGCCAUCUCGAAUCCAGGCUGUAUCAUCACCAGAGGCAAAAUCAACUGUUCCACGGUCAUCUACAAAGACAAGAAAACUUGGAGGCAAUCGAGGCACAGAAUAGAAAACGAAAUACAGCAACUCAGACACAAACUAGAAACUUUAAAAGAAAUCAGGAGACAUCUUAAAAACACGAGACCUCUUGACGAGAGCGGUGAAGUCAACGGAACCGAGUUGAAUACCUUCAAUGAGUUGAACUUCCAGCAUAACUCUUUACCAGUGCUCCACAACAAAGAGAUCCCAAGACCGAUACCAUUAGAUGUCAACAGAUUCAAGAAGAAAAGGAAGAACAAGCCACCAGUUUCUUCCACGCCAUCUUUGGACGAUUUUCUUCCUGAGUCGUUCAACGAUAGUCUCGAGGUGAACGGUACCGAUUUUGAUCAGGAAGUGACAAGAUCGACUCCAGAAUUUACUACAGCGAUGCCAACUAUGCACAGUAAUCCUCACAGGCAUAGUCAUCACAGAACCCAUUCAAGUACAGGGAGUAUGGGGAUGAGUACUACUACCCCAUCGGGUAUUUUUGAAAAUCGGGGUAGGAAGACCCCAACGAUACCAAGGCCCAAAACAGAUGAGCUCAUGUCUAAUCCGAAGAAAAAAGUGAAACAGCACUUAUGUCACUGUGAGAUCAAAGACCCGUACAUUCCAGAAGAAAAGGAUGUUUUGAAAGAAGAAAAGCGGCGGUUGAAGGAAGAGAGGUUAAAGAAGAAAUUGAGGAAACAAAGGAAAAAGGAGCAAUUAGAAAAGGAAUGCAGUCACGAAAGAAUGAACUGCUUCCACCAUGACAACGAUCAUUGGAAGACAGCCCCACAAUGGACAGCGGGACCUUUUUGUUUCUGUAUGAACGCAAACAACAACACAUACUCUUGUGUCAGGACGAUCAAUUCUACUCACAAUUUUUUGUACUGCGAAUUCACCACUGGAAUGGUCACAUUCUACAAUCUAAGAAUAGAUCCCUUCGAGCUACAAAACAGGAUAGAUUCGCUGAAACCAGAAGAAAGAUCCUACCUCCAUGACCAGUUAGCAAGAUUGGUCUCUUGCAAAGGAAAAUCGUGCACUGUGGCUCACAGUAAUCACAUAAGGCCGAAACCAAGGAUGAAUUCGUUACCACUACACAAUAUUGGGCAGUAUUAUAGGAAGAGGAAAUAUCAAGACGAAGCUGCCAGGAGUCUAGCGUUAGUACAAGAAUAUCCAUAUCGAACAGACUAUUCUCUGAAUACUAAAUCGUGGCGCCGUCGCGCCCUCUGGCGGCCAUCCUCGCAACCAUACGGUCAAGCACGACACGAGAGGAAGAGACGCAAACAUCAACUCCACCACAAUCAUGAGGCAACAGCAGGGGAGCCUAAACAAGCCUGGUAGUAAAAGGAGACGGAGAAAAUCUUGAAGACGCUAUCAAGAGUAGAACUCGUACGUGUGACUGAUUUUUUAUUUAGCCGUAAGGAAACGCGUGAAACGAUUGUACGGAUAUGAUAUUGCCUCAAUAUAAAUGGAUCAUCACCCGUCACCUCCGCCUACCACCCGCCACCUCGGAGUAUAAUCGCGGCCUUAGGCCUGUGACCUUGGAAAUAGCUUUCUUGGCAAAAGGUAUACACCUUUCGCAUUCCAUGUAUCCAUAUAAGUAUUAAAUAUGUCACUUCCAAGAGAUUGAUAGCAUAAUUGUUUUUAACCCGCAUUUAGAAUCUCAGAAAUAUACUGGUUCAAAUGUUAACCUGAUCUAUAAACGAAAAAAUCUCAUCUUUGUAAUAAACCAUAAAUAUUAAGACUCCCCAAAUUUUGAUAAACCGCAGCCCCGUGCAGUCAAAAAUGCAUGAUAAUCAUCCACCUCAUAACAAAAUGUGGUAAGUUAUAAUCAGCGCCUAAUGAUGUUGACCUUGUGGAACCAUUUUGAUUUGAUACUACUUGCAUUUGAAAACCAAUACUCCUGUACUUAUUCAAUAUGUCAUGAAAGUAAAGUAAAAUCUAGGAUUACAAGCCCCCAUGAAAAUCAAAGAUUACUUCCUAAAAAAAUACGCAUUCAUUCAGCUCAAAAGCAUCAAUUUUAAAUUACUUCAGAUAAAUAUGAAACAGAUUUUGAGGUGCUUGUAAUGAUAGAUUGUACUACAACCCUCUACAGUACGAAAACUAUUUCUUUAAUAAUAAUAGCAGUUUUAUUUGAUGUAAAUAAUGUGAUCUCUAUUUUAUAUUUGCAUUUUCUUUCCUAAAGCUUCGAUGCUUUGUGUGUAUUAGUGUAUAUAAAAAUUUGGACACUCAGUAUACUAUACCCCUGUUUGUCCAAAAUUUCUUAGAAACGGAAACAAUCAUAGACAAUGUAGGUACCUGCGACACUUCCAUUUUGAGAUUAACUUUUGCUAUUUUUGUAGAACCCAGGUAUAGACAACGGUAUUUUACUACUUUUUCACUGUUUCUUUAACACUUCAUGUAGAGAUAAGCAAUGUUGUAAUGGAAGCAAUAAUGACUUUAUUUUUAAAGCGUGUUGUAAAAAAUCGUUUGCCUAUUUUAAUUCUCUAGUCUCUAGCUUUCGGCAUUGUAUAUAUUUUGUCAUUUGUAGAAAGUACAUAUUUAGAUUAUGUAAAAUUUAUAGUUUUAAGCAAAAUGUAUUAUUUUUUAUUUAUGCUAUUACUUGUAAUUUAGUUAUAGUGGAUCGAGAUUGUGAACUAAUUUAAGAAAGAUUUAGUGUUUUGUGUAUUGUAUUUAUUCUGAAGAAAAGAUGUAAUUGAACAUUUUUGGUGCCAUGAUUCGAAAUUGUAUCUUCUAAACAAGAAUGUAAUAAUAAACAACUGUGUCAGCUUGUA